AGCAAGUCAUUCGUUUGACAUCUCAAAACUUUGCAAUUUGUCGCAAUGGAGAAGCCAACAGCGUCGGAGAGGAAGUUACCAAAGAAGAAUGAAUUAACCAAGAAGAGGACUAAAAGGAGCCACAAAAAGGAGUCGCUAUCUGUGGAGAAACUGGAAAUGGAGGAGGAUGCGAGCGAAAACCAAUCUGACGUCGAGACUGAGGACGACGUUGACACCGAUGAGGGCGAGUCGGGGCAGCAGGAGGCCGCCGUUGGUGUCAGCUCCAUGUUUGCUGAAAUGAAGGAAAAGGACGAGAAAGAGGACAACGCCAAGGUGAAAUUUACUGCAGAGGAUCUCAAGAGCAUGGAGGAACUGAGUCGCAUGCCCCUUGCUGCCAUGGUGGCCCACAUCCAGGCCCUGGACACGGAGUUGUACGAGCUGAGCCAGCGCGAGACCCGUGAGCUGUCCCGCAGCAAGCACCUGCGCAUCUUCUCCAACUACCGCCGUCGCAGCAAGUAAGCGGAGAGCGGGACAAAUCAUCUACUUACACAGCUGUUGUGGACUUUGAUGGUA